AUGAUGAUUGUUUGGGAAAUUAAAGCAGGAAAAGUAUUAUAUGGAACUCCAAAUAGGGAUCCAGUCAAUUAAAUCUAAUUUUACAAUUAAUCAGAUGAAAAAUUGAUAGCAGUUUAAAUACUGGAGUUUAAAAUUUUAACAAUUGAUAAGCAAAUUAAAAAGGUAUUCUUAUAAUAAAGAUUUAAUCUGUAGAUGUAAACUGUGACAAUUUUAAACGAACUUUCACUUGUGUAUCGAUUGAUAAAAAUGAUAAAUAUUGUUAUUGCGGUAAAAAAGCUGGCCAUAGAGAAAAGAUUAGCCCCUGUUAAAAAAAUAUUCAGUUAAAGAGUUAAUUGCUUAGGUUUAUUACCUAAUGGCGAUGUUAUUGUUGGUGCUGGGGAUGAAAUGGGAGCGAAAGUAUCAUUUUAAACAAUGCUAAUAAUUCAGGCAGUGAAUUUUUGGAAGUGUUAUGUCAAUAACAUUUAUUUAUGA